GGUCUGGCUAUGUUCCCUAGGCUGGUCUCAAACUCCUGGACUCAAGCAGUCCUCCACCGUUCCUGGCCAAGAAGUGCCUUUUUUUUUUUUUUUUUAAAGUAGGUGCUGAACACAUGAGAAUCUGCCUUUUUGUUGAAUCUUUUUUUUUUUUUUUUUUUCUUUUUGAGACGGAGUGUUGCUGUUGUCGCCCAGGCUGGAGUGCAGUGGUGCUAUCUCGGCUUACUGCAGCCACCGUCUCCCAAGUUCAAGUGACUCUCCUGCCUCAGCCUCCUGAGUAACUGGGAUUACAGGUGCAUGCCACCACCAUGCCCGGCUAAUUUUUGUAUUUUUAGUAGAAACGGGGUUUCACCAUGUUGGUCAGGCUGGUCUCAAACUCCUACCUCGUGAUCCACCUGCCUCGGCCUCCCAAAGUGCUGGGAUUACAGGCAUGAACCACCACGCCCAGCCUGAAUCAUGUUUUUUUGAAACCAUUGGCAUCUGAACCUGUAAUUCUGUCGGGUAGUGUUGUGUGGUUUUAAAUGUCAUGUGAGCUGAGUUACUGACCUCAACCUACUGCCAGGUGAAGGUGUGAUCCUGUGAUACCAAUCUUGAGGGUCCCUGCUAGUUUUAGCAGUCAGUGACUUCUCUCGUGUUUAUUUUUGUUUGAAAAAGAAAAAGGCUCUCUUUUUGGCUAUAGAGUUGCAUCUUGAAAUUUUUGACUAAUUACAUAGAGCUGAAGAAGGAUACAAGUUUUGAUAUCUUAAAAUCGUAGGAUUGAGGCUUGAAAGGACGGUAUUGGCAUUGCAGCUAAGUGGGAGUGUGAGGAAGCACCUUCUCUAGGGCAGGUGAUUGCAUUUGUUAGUGUGGCUCUUGGCCCCCUGAGUUGCUCCUUUCCAGUCAGAAUUUCUUUAGCAUUAGCAAGUGAUGCCUGAAGUAAUCUCAGGUAGGACUUCUAACUUUUUUCCAAAUUAUUUUUGUGCAGAGGUUUAUCGAGGAGAUUUUUCUUCUAAAUGUCCUCCUUCCCACUUAUUUUAUUGUUACUGCUUUUUUCUCUUUUUAAUUUUUUUUUUUUUAAUAGUGACAUGGUCUCACUAUGUUGCCCAGACUGAUCUCAAACUCCUGGGCUCAAGUGAUCAUCCUGCCUCAGCCUCCGAAAGUACUGGGAUUAUAGGCAUUUGUGCCUGGCCCUGUUACUGUUUUUCUAACCCGAGUUACUUAGGAUCAUAUUUUCAUUCUUUUGUAAAAAGGUGGGAGUUUUCUGAACUUUUCCUUAACUAAAAAGUGGAAUGCAUCUUUGUAUUUUCCUUUUUUUACUCAUAUUUCUCACCAGGGAGGGAAAAACAUUUAUUGUGACAGAAUUUAGCAUAUUUUAGGCCAUAUUAAAAUACUGAUAAAUGUAUUAAUCAGUGAAGAUUGGUUAUAGUGAAAAAUAUAUACCAUUUGAUUAAUGUGUGUUAUUAGAAAAAUGGCAGGAACUGCUGUAAGAAUUGCUAACAUUGUAUUGGAAAAUGAAUAUACUAAGCUAAGAAACAAUGGGAAACUCAUAUUUAGGGCCAUCAGCCUUUUUUUUUUUAAAAAAAAUCCCUUCUAAUUUAUUAAUAUCUAGUCUAAUAAACCCUGAUUUAUAGGACCUUUGCACCUUUUUUUGACUUUUUAAUUCAUCCACUCUUAAAAUUCUACUCUUGACAAAAUCCUUUGUCUCCAUUAUUGAUGAAAUGAGAACAGACUUUUGUUUUUGUAUGUUGGUGUUCUCUGAGAGGUGAAGGCCCAGGGAGAAUGUUUUGUUUGGUGGUCAUGUAGCAUUUGAAAACGUCCACUUCCACGUGAAAUGUGACUUAGCUGGGUGUCUUUUAACAUCUGGAAUCCACAUCCCUGGUUGAAAUCUCUGGAGACAAUUACCUUUCACCAACUUGUCUGCUGAAUUGCGCCAUGGAUCAAGAUUGCAGUGGCUGCAUCAAGUCUUGGCCUGCCCUGAAGUCUGGAUUUGUAAGUCCCCCAUUUCACGCAUAACGCUCUUGUCUCCUUCUUAUUUUCAAAGAAUUGGAGCUUACGCAGAGGGCAGAGGAGGCACUGUGCCUUUCACUGUCCUGGAGCCAGUUGGUCUUUUGGUUUUGGUGAACCCUGCUUUUUAAGAGGACUCCCUGGCAUCUUCCAGUUUCCUGCUACUUGUUUUAUGUAUUAUUUUGUAUCUGUGUUUGUCCUGUUUGUGCUGUAGCUCCUUUCACUGUCUUCUGUAAGUUCAACUUCUUCAAUAAAAGAAAUUGGAUGAAAAAUGGUUCUGUGAUUAUGGUUUGUGGGCUGGGUUCUGAUGCUUCAUUUAUGUUCUUCAUAUGGAAUUCUGUCUCAUUUCCCUGGUUCUAAAUGUGACCAGCAGACCCAGAGUUCCAUCUCGACUUCAUAAAGGAGCUGUCUUGGACUGGGAACAGCUGCCGAUGUCUUUGUUGAGAUGGGAGUUGGAAAGUGAUAGCACUUUGCCAGCAAGAUUAACCGGGGAGAUCAAAUUGAGUCAGGGUCAAGACUAAUGUCUUCUGAAGACUUAGCAGAGAUCCCUCAACUCCAAAAGCUGUCUGUCCCACAUGGCUUCCAGAACAAGGAGGCUGUUAGCUCCCCAACACCAUCCAUCACCCUUAGCCAGGUGCCCGACCUCCAGCCUGGGUCCCAGCUGUUUACUGAGGUACACCUGGCCAAGAUAGAGAAAAUGUUUGAGGAGGACAUCAACUCGACUGGAGCCCUGGGCAUGGACGCCUUCAUCAAGGCCAUGAAGAAGGUUCUAAGCUGUGUGUCGAAUGAGAUGCUAAAGGAGCUGUUUUUGAAGGUGGACUCAGACUGUGAAGGCUUUGUCACCUGGCAAAAGUAUGUGGAUUACAUGAUGCGUGAGUUCCAGGGAAAAGAGGACAUGCAAAAGAGCCAGUACCGCCUGCACUUCUACCUUCCCAUGAGGGUCGUCCCCCUGAACCAUGGCUGUGAGGUGGUGAAGGUGGUGUUUUUAAUCCACCGGUUCAAGAAGAUCGGGUGUUUCCUGACUGUCACCAAAGACGGCAUCCUGCAGUUCUGGUCUGAGGCCUUCUCGCUGAUCAGCUCCUUUAGGCUUAACCAGACCCAGCAGCUCUACAACCAGCCGAUGUGGGUCGUCGACAUGGUAUGUCUGCACAAUAUGAACCUCAUUGCAGUGGCGUCUACCAAGCAAAAGAUAGAUUUCUUUGAUAUUAGUGACCGCAAAUGUGUCCCGGCCUUCACCUUUAUUGAUCUGGACAGCUGUGCCCUGGUCAUGGACUACUGGUCUGACUAUCACAGAGGUGUAUUCUGCUAUGGGGACGCCAAAGGCAAUGUCAUUGUCUUCACCUCCGAAAACGUGACCAGUGGGCUGUUCAACCCCCGUAUUCUCCCCAGGGCCUCCAAGUGGGAUCACUGGAUCAAAGUUUCCAUGCGGAAACUCUUAAAUGAGAAGUCUUCUUUGUAUAGAAGCUACCGGCUGAAGGCUCUCCAUCCCAACUGGUGUCAGCAGGUCAAGUUCAUCCCCCAGAUGAACCUGGUGGUCUCCUGUUCAGCUGUCGAGAAGUCCUCUCUGGUGCUGACAGUAUUGCCAGCCAAAGCCUCUGAGAAACCCAAGUUGUCAGUGCUGCAUGUAAGGAAAGGGAUUCUUUGCUUUGAUUACUGCCCAGAGAGGAACUUCCUGGUGACUGGUGGCUACGAUGCCUUCAUCCGCCUGUGGAACCCCUUUGUCUCAAAGAGGCCCGUGUGGCUGAUGAAGGGACACCAGACCUCAGUGACACACAUCCUCGUGGACAGCAGGAACAGCAGCAUCCUCAUCAGUGUCUCCAAGGACAAGAAUAUUCGUGUGUGGGACAUGCUGGACUACAUAUGCCUCCAGUCCUUCUGCGGGAAGUUUUUUGCCCUGGGAAACUGCCCCAUCACCAGUGCCUACUUCUUCGAGAAGGACAAUACCCUCAUCUGCAGCACCUACUCAAUUGGGAUCCUAAAAGGGUACUUAGAGGCCCAGGGGCCUAUCAAAGCAAGGAAGAGGACCACUCAUUGCUCACCCCUGUGUGCUGUCCUCUACAGCAAGAUCUUUAAGCAGGUGGUGAGUGGCUGCCUGCGCGGCAUCGUGAGUGUGUGGGAGGUCGUGACGGGCAGGAAGACGAUGGAGUUCUCUGUGUCUGGGGGCCAGCACGUGGAGCUGACCGCCAUGGCCCUGGAUGAGUCAGAGCGGUGCCUGCUCACAGGUUUGCGGGAUGGCACAAUGAAGAUGUGGAACUACAACAUUGGCAAAUGCCUGUUGACCUUUCCCAAUCCGGACCAGCUGGAGAUUAGUGGGAUUAUCCAUAUGAACAAAGUGUUCUAUGUGACAGGAUGGAGUAAGAGAAUCACGCAUUUUCUGUUCCACAAGACCAAGCCGGUGCUCUUAUGCUACCACUGGCAGACCUACCACACGGAGGACAUCCUGAGCAUGGCCAAGUACCAGAACCAGUUCCUCGGGACCUCCUCCUACAGUGGGGACAUCCUUUUCUGGAACACCGGCACACUCAAGCCCAUCUUCAACUUCAAUGCCUCUAGGAGUCCCUUGCCCUUGCAGCCCAAGAGGGUGAAAGAUGUGAACAACUGCCUGCCUGAGAGCCACGGGCCCAUCAGACCCUGUGUGGAGCGGGAGAAGUGGGCAUACAAGACCCCCAGGAAGCUCUGCAGUCUCAGCCCCAAGUCUGCGGCCAAUACCAACCUGAGGCGGAGCCUGGUGUCGGCUCCCCCAGUGAUGAGGCGCUGGAGAGACAAGGAGCCAGUCAGGCCUGAGUCCCGGAAGAAACCUUCCAGUGCUGCUGGCACAUCCAUGCAGCCAGGCAAGAUCCGCAGCAAACAGUCCAUUUACAAAGAGGAUGAAACAAGAAAAGCAGAAUUGCAGAAGAAAAUGUUGUUUCAAUCCAGUGCCUCGGUGGAGAAGGUUGUGGCUGGCCAUACCAUUUCCCUGGUUCCCCCCACGCUCCUGAUUACCUGGAAGGGCCAUUUGGAUAGUGUGGCAGACAUCCUGUAUGUGGACAACUUCCAGUUGGUUAUCAGCGCUGGCCAGGACCGGGACGUCAAGGCUUGGAAACUCUCCGGUGAUGCCAUUGGAACAUUUGGCCUGAGUGUGUGGAAAAGACUACAGGAUGCCCGUGAUGGUCCUCAUGAAAACAGAGCAAGCUUAGAGGAAGAGGGCAGCUCCACUGGCACCACCCAGAAGGCCUUCCAUCUGGAACUGCAGGAGCAGCGGGAUCUGGCUGAGGCCCUGAUAUACCAGCGGCGAGAGCAGGCGGCGCUGAUGGCCCUCCUGCAUGGGAAGGCAGAUAAGGAGACAGAAGCUUGGGCCAGGCUGCAGAAGAUGGCCCUGAUGUCCCCAUGGGCCGGAGAGCGCCCCCUGGAAGACAUUGAGGACAGCUGGAGCAAGUGGGAGUCCAGGGACAAGCAGGUGAGCAAAGUCUUGGGAGCGGCGUAUAAGCCCAAGGAACGCUUGCGGAAUACCAGGUUCCUGUCCAUGAGGGUGCCGUACGGCUGGAUGAAGCAGCAGAUCUCGCCUCAGGUCUACCAAAGCCUGCACUUCAAUGAUCUGAUGCCCACCCAGCAGCCCGACUUCCUGACCAGCAGGAGCCCAGACCAGCAGGACCAGCACAUCCGCCUGGUAGCCCACGAUGUCCAGAAGGACCUGGUGCCCAGCAGGGAGCAGGCUGUGCUGGAUACCAUGGACAGCACGCCUGCAGCCACCUCCUCCCCAUCUUCCUUGUUAUCUGUCACCGCCUCAGCCUCCAGACUGCUGGACUCCAGCUUGCCUGCCUUCCUGAGGCCCCAGUUCUCUUUCUUGCUGCGGCCCCAGUCGGCCUCCACAGCCCAUUCCACCCCCUCAGUCCCAUCCCCGGUGUCCAAGUCCACCCUGCAGAGGUCAGCAACCCCCAAGCACAUUGUCUCCUCCCUCGAGCGGCCCCCAAGGCCUCUGAAGGCCACCUUCAUGUCCUCUGUGAAGGAGGGCUCCCACGUCAGGUUCUGAGGUGUUCUGCCAUCUUCUCUAGUCCAGCAGCAGGGCCACCAGGCCCAUGGCGGGCCUGCAUGUCCCUGGCUUAUUCCCUACCAGACCCAGAGGAUGUGGCCCUUCCCCCGGCCGCCCCACUUGCCUCUCUGGGGAAGUCCACCUGUCUCCUAAUCUUAUCUUCUCUCUGGCCCCGCACAGAGCCCUGGGGCAGAAAAUAAAUGUUCUCAGCUGUGGGCGUCCACAGGCGAUGA